AUGGGGAUGUGGAGGAUUUGUCACAGGGACAAAUCCCCCAUGAAGCUCUACAAGAGAAAUGUGAGCCUCUUUGAGUGCACUGUUUUAACAGUAGCAGAUAUCAAGACAGUGAUAACUGGGAAAGAUUGCCCUCAUGUGAAGGAGAAAGGAGCGCUAAAGCAAAAUAAGGAGGUGCCUGAGCUUGCUUUCUCCAUUUUAUAUGAAUCUGACGAAUAUUUGAACUUCAUUGCUCCAGACAAGUAUGAGUACUGCAUCUGGACAGAUGGCUUGAAUGCUCUAUUGGGAAAAGAGAUGACAAGUGAACUCACCAAGUCAGAUAUGGACACGCUGGUUACCAUGGAGAUAAAGCUCCGCCUCUUAGACCUUGAGAAUGUCCAGAUUCCUGAUGUUCCUCCUCCUUUACCCAAAGAACCCAAAGAUUAUGACUUUGUUUAUGAUUACAGCCAACACCACACUUGAGACACACUGCGUCACAGCUAUUGGACUAUAAUGUAUUUACUCUUGAUUCGCAACUGAUCUACAGUGCAGGCUAGGACAAAUUAAAGUGUCUCAGUUUCCUGGAAAAUCGAAAGGAUAGUUUAAUCAAAAGGUUUGGAAGAGGCUUUGGCUGGAAUACCAUCACUAA